CCAAUGUCAGAUGACUGUGUGACGCUGCUGGAAGGGUCGAACGUCGUCAGUCACGUGACGAAUUAAUAGUGAAACCCGACGUUCUGUAGGAGCUACACUUUUUAUCGGUCCCAUCUCUAGCUGCAAGUAUUUGGAAAUAUAGAGUGAAUUGUGUUGCAAUAAGGUAGUUUAUGUUCGAAUAGUUCUAUUUUCUUAUGAGAUCAUUAACAUCGGGUCAGUUUACGACAGACACCGCGUGCGUUUGGACAAUUGUAGUGGCUAGCACGUCAACUUGAGUAGAGGACAACAUGGUGUAUUCGUUCGUACUGAAAGCUGUGCAUCGUAAUUUGCAACUUCACCCACAAUCAACUCAAUUUAUGUUGCAACUAUGCAAAAGCACACAGAACAAUGUAUACCUUCAGAAACAGACUGCUUCCAAAUUUGUUUCUUCAAAUCGCUUUAUUAUUAUGAGCAAUAAAUUUUGUGCACAGAGUCGAAGCAUUUCUCUCGACACAAGGUUGAGAAGCAAAGUAGAAAAGAAGGCUGGUGGGCAGGUAUCGGUACCGAGACAAGGACCAUCUACUGCACAUAAAGUGAAGGAAGCUGGCAAAGACUUCACCUACCUGAUGGUUGUGCUCAUCGGACUCGGAGUUACAGGUGGACUGCUAUAUGUUGUGUUCCAGGAACUUUUCUCCUCCUCCAGCCCCAACAAGGUCUAUAGUAAAGCCUUUAACAAAACCAGGUUACACCCAGAGGUGAUUGGAGUCUUUGGAGAGCCUAUCAAGUGCUUCGGUGAGACUUCCCGCCGUGGUAGAAGACAGCAAGUCAGUCAUGUUGAGUACAUGAAGGAUGGAUUGAAGCACAUGAGACUGAAGUUUUACAUAGAGGGAGAAGAACCAGGACGGCAGGGAACAGUUCACACAGAAUCUAAAGAGAACCCUGAAACUGGAAAGUUGGAGUUUCGCUACAUUUUUGUGGAAGUAGACACUUACCCAAGGAGAACCAUUGUCGUCGAGGAUAACAGAUAAGACGGUGUCUGAACCAGUCUCAAAUGGCGUUGUGGCUGAUCGAGUCUUUACAUAAGUUUGUUGUUGAGUAAUAUUUGUGACACAAUUUCCAAAAAAUGUCAGUUACAUUUUAAAAAGUGUAUCAGUGGUUUAAAACGCAGGUGGAAUUAAGUGCCUGUCUUGUUUUUUGGGAUUGUUUUAGUGUUUGGAGCUUUUGCACUAAUACAUUGGGCAAUUUAGAAAAAUGAGAAAAGUCUCCUUUGUAAGCUAAACAGAUCCAAUACCAAUGAUUUACAGAUACACCAUAUGAUUGACAGGGGCUGCUUUUUUGAAGCCACAGUGCUUCUAUUUCCGUGCUCCCCACCAUUUCUUUCAAAUGAGUCCCUAAAGCUGGCAUUGUGAUGGAGAGCACCAGCUUGAAUCCCCCCAAAAUUUUAAAUAGGCUUUUCUUAUAUAUGUCAAAAAUGCAAGAUUAAUUAAUAUUGUGGUGUUCUGUAUGACUGUUAAAUUCUAUAGCAAAUAAAUGAAAUCUCCUUAGCCUGUGUACAACAUAACUUGAAAUUAAACUAUUGUCUUUUCUGAAAAACAAA